CAAUCCUAAGGAAGAUUUUGUGCCUGAAACUAGCCUUUGCCUCUUUACACAUACUUCAAAAGACUUGCCUGUAUUUAAGAGGAAAAGAAAUGCAGGGUUCACAUUUGUUACAAGUGACCAGAAAGAUGUCCCUGGGGAAGGAAGGUGAAGAUGUUAUGUUGGGGGGGGCAGCAAGACUCUCACUGCAGUAAAAUGGACAGGUGACUAUACAUGCAAAAUUUGACAAAGAUAUUUACCUCCCAAAGGAUGCUGAGUUUUACUUUGUUUACGAUGGAUCCCUGAAGAGGCAUGUAAUGUUUGCAGAACGAGUUAGUGACAAUGCUCUUCGGUCUGUUGUUCCAGGUCAUGGAUGCCAAGAAGCAGUUGCUGUCUCUGUGUUAAUGUACACAAGGGGAUACUCACCUGUGGUCCUCGGCAGCUGUCCCAUCAAUUACAGGGAGAAUCUGUCUUGCAAAUUGUCUCGCUUUCUGGUUGAUCAUGCAGAAUGUGUCACUGCCGCUAGUCAUGAGCUGUUGCUGGAUAAAUUUGGGCUAAGGACAAGAGAUCUGCAGUCCCUUGAUAAUGAUUUGAUGAUGGCUGUUGCUUAUGAAGAGUUGCCAACGACCUGGAACAUCCUUGGAAGCUGCUCAGAAGCUUCAUCCUGUUGAGCUUGAUGAUUAUGUGCUAAAAAGUGAAGAGGAAGAACUGGCAGGUGAGGUCACCUUUCUGAAAAGGGAGACACAAGAAUUAUCCUGUAUAUUUUACCUACAUGAUUGUCAGACUAUGGCUUGCUGUACUGCUGAGGGUCUCUUGCAGUGACGCCUUGAA